CUGAUUGGCUGGAAGUGGUGUUCACCCGCAGACUGCAUGGAAUGUCAGACGGGGGUGUCAGCUCACACACGUUUAUUGUGAGGUCAAAGGUCACUCGUGUUUCAGGCUUCACUUUGUCUUGAAGUUUUUCAGGAAAAUGACACAAAAUUCUUGUUCUGAAAUCCAUUCAAAGAAAAGAAAAUGCAACUUCAAAUGUGUGGGCUGUCAUUUUCAAACUGAAUUUGAUCACACUUCAUGUCCCCUGGCUUCACGAAGAAAAAGCUUUAAUCUUCUCUCCAUAUGUUAGAGUUUUCUGUGUGUUUUUUUUUUUCAGUUAGACAGAUCAAAUCAAUCUUAAUGACAUUCCUGUAAGGUUUUAUUAAUGCUCAAGGUGCUUAUAUUUUCAGACUUUCGGUUAUUUUUUUGUUUCCUGUUUGGUUAGAAAACCUGGGGGAGAUGUGCCACACAGCUUAAAUGCUUUCCUGUCGACUGAAGGAGGAUUUUCAACUUUUUCAUCAGAACAAAGUGUUGGCACUUCCUGUUUUCUGAUUGAUUUACUGAACUCCACAUCGAUUAUGCUGUGUUGGAAAUUUUUUUUAUUCAUAAAACAAAAACCUUUCUGUGACGCGAUGUUGCCAAGAAAUCGUUCUUUUCUUUGGAGAUGAGGUGUCUUGUUUGUGCAGAAACAGUGUUUUGCAGCUGAUAUUUGACUCUUGCACAGUUCAAAGUGACAUCACGUUGUACGUUUGGUAUGGAGGUUGUGUUUUCAGUCCGUCUGUGUGUUUUGUUGGUAGUAGAACAUGUCAUAAGUCUUUAUGCUGCUGUCAGUGCAAAGUUCUGGAUUUUUAUUGGCUUUCUUAGCCUGAACUUGUGAAGAUUUUAUGCAGGUGAUUACAAAGUGAUAAAAAGCUGUUGACAUCAGCUGGUGGACUUAAAGUUAAGACUUGUCCGUCCAUGUCUCCUUCUCUGUCUUGACGUUUCUGUGCUGAUGCUGGAUCCUGGCUCAGGUAUUUCUCACCCUGCUGAGACACAGAGGACGAGAUGGAGAGGAUCCCGUCAGUGCCUGGGAACCUGAGGGAUCCUGGAGAGGACACAGAGAGAGGACAGAGGACGGGGGGGAACCAUCAGGGUGAUAAUGCUCUGAGGAGAAAGCAAAAUCAGGUCGUUUUUGUCCUCAUCUGUACCGUGAAAGCGUCCUGUGCAGGAUCUGGUCUGGUGUGAGGGGACUGCAGCACCAUGGGAGCCCCCAGCAACAAGGUGUCUCUCCUCUCAGGUGUGCUGGUGUUCGCGCUGUGUGUCGUCUCUUCUCUCUGCCAGGUUGAAUAUUCUGGAUACCACUCAGGUGAGGAACACCCCUACGAUGGCUCCGUGGUCGACCACUAUGACAGCUUAGCCUCUCCUCAACCAGAGUAUCCGCCGGAGCCGACUCACAGCUACGACGAGGACCAGAGGCCCGAGGAGGAAGACUACGACCCCUACGGCCCCGCCCCCACCCAAGUCACCAUGAUCACCGAGGACGCCUUCCCCUACGCCACCACGGCCGAGUCCCACUACGCCAAGGAGGACACGGAGACCAUGCAGGUCCCGUAUGAGUACCCUCCAGCUGGUCCGGACACAGAGUCCUCGGAGGAGUCCGGGGGCGACGCGGCGCUCGGCGAGGAGGGGCCAACAGAGUGCGACUGUGAGCCCGGGCAGCCUGGAUUCGCUGGCUUCGCGGGACCAAAGGGAUCCCGAGGCCUGCAGGGUAAACCUGGCGAGCCAGGAGCUCAAGGCAGAGAGGGUUAUAAAGGAACCAAAGGGGUUCGAGGAAGAGGAGGAGAGCCCGGCCCUGUGGGUGACCCCGGACCCGAGGGAGAGGAGGGAGCUUCUGGUUUUUCUGGAGCCAUGGGAGAGCCAGGGCUUCCAGGAGACCCAGGAGAGCCUGGAGAGCUGGGUCUGAAGGGUGACGUCGGUAUGGAGGGCCCCCGCGGAGGAGUCGGAGGUCCUGGGGAGACUGGUUCUCGCGGUGGCGCUGGACCUCCAGGACCAAAGGGAGGUAAAGGUAUCAAGGGGUCUCUCGGUGGCGAAGGCAGAGAGGGUCCUCAGGGACGAGCCGGACACAAGGGACAGACCGGAGCUCCGGGGUUUCCAGGUGACAUCGGCGAGAGAGGAUACACCGGUUAUCCUGGACAACCAGGAGCCGUCGGACCCACCGGACCAAAGGGCACUCAAGGUCACGACGGCCUGCCAGGAAGUGACGGCGACCCCGGAGAGGAUGGUCUCGUAGGAGUCCCGGGUUUGAUGGGAGGACCCGGACUGUUUGGCGCCAAGGGCAGUAAGGGGGAUCGCGGUGUGCGAGGACCACGAGGCAGAGGGGGCGUCGAGGGAGCUCAAGGAGAUCGAGGAGAUGCUGGAGAGCCCGGGAAACCAGGACCAAAGGGCCUGCAGGGCCAGACUGGGGCCAAAGGUGAGACGGGACCUGAUGGUGACACGGGUGCAGCAGGGAGGAACGGCAUUAAAGGUGUGAGAGGACAAAAGGGAAGCAGCGGUGACCGUGGAGACAAAGGACAGCGUGGACCAAAAGGCGCCGUGGGGCGUAACGGCGUCCCCGGCCCCGUGGGGCCACCCGGUAUCCCAGGUACCAGAGGAGAGCGCGGCCCCAUCGGCGACCCGGGUGCUAAAGGCCGACCGGGACCCAAAGGAGUCCAAGGUCCCUCUGGUCCUGGUCUGACUGAUGAGCAGGUGCUGCAGCUCUGCAGAGGUGUGGUCACAGCCCAGAUCUCCCAGUACGCCGCCUCCAUCCAGGCCAAGUGCUCCCAGGGCUGCCCCAUCAACAACAGGACACUCAUCGGACCCCCAGGAGCCCGAGGGCCACCUGGAUCACCGGGCAAAUCUGGCAAAGCAGGAAAACCCGGAGCCAAAGGAGCCCGAGGAGUCCAAGGCGACCGAGGACUGGAGGGACAGGAAGGAGCGCAGGGCGUCAGAGGCCAAAAAGGGGCUAAAGGCCUCCCAGGUGAUCCAGGUAAAGGUCUGCCGGGACCUGAUGGACAACAAGGCCUCAGAGGUUUGCCAGGCGAUCCGGCAGAACCCAAAAACGGCAUGGAGGGCCCCCGCGGUCACCGUGGAUUCCCCGGGGCGGUCGGUCAGCCCGGUGCGGUCGGGAUGGCUGGCGUGCCGGGAUUUUGCGAGGCGCGGGACUGCAGCAUUCAUGCGCCGGUGAUGCGCAAAGAGCAGGGCCUGGUGAAGCGACCUGCGGGCUCAAAAAUGUGAACAGGAGUGACGAGGACCGCCGAGACCUUAAAGAGGGGCUGAGAUUCACCUGGUGGCAACUUAAAGGUUCAUCUCACUGAAUUCCAUCUGACAUUAGCACUGGGUUUAAAUGGGCCCAGAAUGUUGUUCGACCUCAGAGCUGCGAAUGAUUCUGUCCCUCGCUGCCCGGCGCUGAAAAUGUCGGCGGUCCGAGUGUGGUGGUGUGGGGCGCUCCGCUGGGGGGGUGGGCAGGUGUGGCAGGAAAGGAAAAACUGCACGAAUUAACCUGGGAAAGACUUUUUAAUCUGAGACACACGAAGCCAACGUUUGACAUUUUAAAGAUUUUGUGCUUCAUAAACAUCCAAACACUGUUAGAGUUUUGACCAGGAACAAGUGAGUCCAGCGUGUUGCGAUUUGAUAAAAACACUAAAUGAUUUGCCGCUCAAUCCUUCCUUUGGUUUAACCUUUGUUUUCUCUAGUUAAAUAAAGAAAAAUAAAAAUAAAUGCCAUGUAAAUAUUUUGUAAAGUAUCUCGAAUACAUGUACCGUGCUCUGAAAUGUGUUCAGAUAAACUGUUGUUUUUGAA